CACUUAUAGUGACCGUAUCAGUAUUCGUAGAUAUCUUUGGAAGCCUUUCCCUUUGAUCUCAGGUCUCUUUGAUUGCUUCAUUCCAAACAAAUUGUCUCCUGUACUCGGGCCAAGAUCCUCAUGAUCUCGUUAGGACGUAUAGCUGGGCCGUGAAAGUUCGUUAAUGCCAGCCUCUGCCCGCCACUCUCUCUGUGGGACACGGCAGCAGAAGGAUCACACGCUUCAUCAUCGAUAGAGUCCUAGUGCUGCUGGCCUACUGCGAACAAAAAAUCCUGAACGACGGGAACCCAAACUACGAGAACACUUUGCGCGCCGGCGUGGAUCCCAUCUAGAGUCUUUUGAACGCGAACAAACCAAAAGCAGUGAGCGAAUAUGUUGAAUGUCUACAUUCGCGCUGGGUCGUCACGGUCUAGCAGUCGGUAACGCCAUACAACAGCAGCUCUACGUCGAAGAACACUUCGCUGCCCUGGGUGGCUUCGACCAUCGGUUGCGCGAGAUUGGGAAUUGCAGCGUAGUCUUCCUCGAUGACUGCCAAUCUUCGAAUGCUGUAAACACGUUUGAGCCGGCGCCGGCCCAGAUCACGUUAAAAUCUUACCGCAGCAGUCUUCGCAUCUUCGGUCAAAAUGGAGGAUGAAUUUCUGCCGCAUUCUUCAUGUUCAUCUGCAAGGCACUAUAACCUCUUCGCACCCCGUGUCCGAGACAGUCGAGCUUUCCGAAAAAUGCGCAAGAUGCAGAAUCGGGUCUCGCAGCAUCCUCGUCCAUUCCGAACCUCCUAUGGAUAUGGAAUGUAAAUAAAUGAAGAGAUUGGAAGAAUGCAUAGCUUUGUCAUGCAUCUCGCGGACCACAACCACCACACACAUGAGCAGGAAUGCACACAGAACCAUGACAGAUUUUGCGAUACCUUCCUCAACCACAUGCCUAUCCUGCAUGAGACAUCCACCUUUUUCCUAGCAAAAGGCGGGCAGCUUUUUUUGGCGUACACGCAAUACAGAUUAAUUGAUCUGGGACCAGGGUUAUUAAAAGAGCUUAAGGCAAGACUACAACAGAUUUUUUUUAUUUUUUGUGGUUGGGCGUAGCGGGCGGGCCUCCCCUACAAACACAGAUCCGGCUAGAAUUGGAUCCCGGUUGUAUUGUGCAUGUCCCUGCAAUUGAAGGGCGGAAGGCUCAUAGCAUACCACACCCUACCGCUACCACCGAGACUUGCAUGACAAGCUGCAAUCUUCCAGGCUCAGACAUAUUUGCAAGCUAUAAUGGGCGCGACUUCACGACAGAUGAGGACAAUGUGAUGAUCUCUCGAAGUUUUUUCGAUUCCGUCCUGGGCCCGCUCCUCCGGGCCCUCGCCUCCACAGAAUCGCAGCGAGUAGAAACUUUCGAGAAGCUCGGCAUUGCAGCGCAGGAACACAUGAUCAGAAAGCGAGGAGUAAUUAAAAAACAGCAGCAAAACAACCAGGACAAUAAGGCGGAUGACGAGGAUAGCAAGGUCGCUGCACAGCAGCUCCUAAUUGAAGAACACUUCGCUGACCUGUUCGGGUUCGGCCAUAGUUUGGACGAGAUUGCGAAGUGCGGCAGCGACGUGAUGCUUUGCAAAGGACUGCAUGUCUUCAUGCUGCCGGACGUCAAGGAAGUGCGCGAGAAAAUCCAGCAGCAAGCCGCCAGCCUGGGGUCUCCCUUCGUCGAUGGGGAGCACAAUACCGACCACGAGCACGCUGCUGCCGUGCUGGCAAGACUCGGCGAAGUGCGUGAUUUGUACGACCUCAUCGAAGACUUUGGAAAUUUGGCGGUCGACCUCAAGAUUUACCAGGAGUGUUUGGAGGACCAACUCGAGGAAAUGGAGGGCUUCGACGACCCUGAGGGUUUGGAGCCGCCGUGGAGUGGCCAGGGGAGGCCUCGCAGACAGGAAUCUUUGGCGGACAUCAGACAUUGGACCCGUCUUGGGCUUCGUUCACUACCGGAGAAGGCCCCCACCGCCUCCUUGUUGCCAGCAGAAGCCUCGCAGCGUGAAGUUUCUCGGAACCGCAAACUGCUCAGUCCAUUGGGAGUCGAGUCCAUUCCUUUGAUCGCGUUCAACGUCGUAGACCUCGCCGACAACACGAUUGCGGAGGGCAGGGCAGACAUAGCAGCAAAGCACUUGGCGCAUAAAAAACAGCAGGACAUAAAGAUGUUUUUCGAUCUGCUGCGAAAAUGCAACGAGCGGAGGAACGACACGGAUGCAUUUCACAUCAGCGGCUUCGGACCAGAGUGUCCGCUUGUUGGCAUGCUCCCGACUAGUUUACACACCCCCGAUGGUAUUGAGCCGGCUUCGGCUUACAACUUCAUACAGCUACCGAUGCGGUGGACCCUGGAGUUGACGCUGUACAACAAGUUGAAAACCUCGAUGGCGAGAUUCAAGGAAGCAGCACACGUCCACCUUGUGCAGGCACUUUCGGUGUCACCAGGAGUCUCAAUUGAACACGAUCCGAAGUUCGCAUCCUUUUUCUUCGGACCGGCGCACGGCCCUGCAGGCACGGUCGAUGCGUCAGAAACUACUGGUGCUCCGCUGGGACGAGGUGCCUCGUCUGCGUCGAUUCCCGCAAAUCCGUUACCCGCACCUUCCCAUCACGCAGUGACAUCACCUGCGCAACACCUACACCCAAGGACGCCAUUGCCCGAAAAACUCGCGUACAUGAAACUGGAAAUAUGGGAGGACCGGUUUCUCCAACUUCACAGCUACACGAUUGGAAAGAAGCACCGGGUGCAGAAAAUUUCAGGCUCCGUGGACGGCAGAUACGGGGGGCCGCGGAAUCUUGAGAGUAAAUCUGAGACUGACUGCGUCUUCGGUUUCAGUGUCGUUCCCCACACGGGCAAACUUCAAACACGAUAUAAUGGACUCUGUGGAUUGCGUGCAUCAAGCGCAGGAAACGAGGAACUCAUCAGUCUCCCGACCGCAGCUGGAGUGUACACAGCUCUCGCUGAUGCGGUAGGUGGUGCUCGCGCUGAGCUUCUUGCAGUCCGGAAGAGGACGCGUUUUCCACCAGGAUCAGGGCAGAAACCGGAAGGCAUGGCGAAGUUGAACACCGUACACGGAGGGUGCUACUUCUAUUUCAAGACGGCAGUCGAGGAAAAAGAUUUCAUAGCCGACUUCAAGGCAUUCGCCAACAUCAUCACGCAGUACACCGCAAAUACCGCAGCGGCGAGGAAGUUACGGAAGGUGAUGCGCAUUAAUUCCGAGCUGGCAAAAGGUAUCUGUCCGUGGAUGAGCUUCGUCUAUCCAUCCGAGGUUUCGAAGAUUAGUUUUAAGAAGGUUCGCUUUUCAAUCCCGGAAAUUUCGUCCGACGCCUACCCCGACUUGCACGAUCCGGACUUAGGUGAUGCGACCUGGGCCGACCUUGCGCGAGCAAUUUUUUCUCAUCGGCUGAAAAAUAUCGACGAAAAGAACAAGCAAGACGAGAGUAGCCGUGAUGCUGAUGGCACUAGUGGCGAUCUCGAAAUGUCCUCAGCGCCGGGCGAAACCAUUUCGGUGCGCGAUCCAGUGAAGAUUUACGCCGCUUUUCCGGAGGACGAGGAUGAGAUACCGUCCGAUUCGUCUGCGGAUGACGACAACGAGGCGGGGUGUGCGCACGACGGUUUGGAUGAAAGGAGCGACCAAGAAGAGAAUCCGUGAGCAGACGGUGAUGAAUGAACACCGGAGCCAACGACAAUCCCGACGAGGAGGUCGACCACGACAGAUGAGGGUCCGGUUUACAGCUACUUGCAAACAACGAUAACACCGCCGCGGAGGCGCAGAACUAAACUUCAAACCUCUUCUGCGGAGAAAAUUUCUUCACGAACAAGAACAGUUACAGCUCUCUGGCUCCACCAGGUUUUCUUUCUUUGGCUCAUAUAGUGUCAUGCAGUUUUGCAUUUAAAUCACUUUUCGAUUCUCUUCAUCUCUUUUUUACGAAUACAUUGCGUGACUAGCAGCUGCCUCGCGUUCUUCAAAACGGUAGUGCCUCUCUCAAACGUCAUAGACACAAACCUUCGCUGCAGUAGCAGAUGCAACAGGAGAAUAAAAAUGAAAAAAAAAAACCUACUGAGGUGGACACGAGGCUGCAACGUCCCAGUUGGUCAGCAGGUAGCGAAACACGCACAUUGCGAGAAGAGUGCCACUGAAGCCAAAAGUUUCUUUUGUCUGUCGCGAAAAAAGAUGGAGGGACGACGGCUCCAUGGCAAACAUGUGAGGCUUGUUCCGCAAACUUUUAGUAUUAUCCGAGACCGGUUGUUUUCUGGACGAAGGUUUUUAUAAUGAACUGCUUCUGAUACCGAAGCACAGUACUUCUAUGUCGAUUUUUUCGAGCCACACAAAAGUACACUUUUACUGUUUAUGUUUUACGCGGCCUACGACAAAUUAUGUUGACGACAACGGAAUAGUGUCUACCAGUGCAGCGAAGCAGCGAAAAUGCUUGCAACCACGGGUGGCCCAAAGCGAAGGCUGCAACGUGUAAAGGAAAGAUGUAAGUUUGGAUUCCUACUGGACGGCGGAUAGGGGAGCAAGUCUGUUCUUUUUAUCACAAAGUCUGACCUGCUAAUGGAGAUGGAAU